AUGGGAAAUAAGAAUAACAUCACAGAAUUUAUUCUUUUAGGACUUUCUCAGAAAAAGGAGAUAGAAAUUCUGUUUUUUACUCUUCUAUUUUGUUACAUAGCGAUUUUCAUUGGAAACCUGCUUGUCAUGAUUUCAAUCACCUGCAGUCAACUUAUUAACCAGCCUAUGUAUUUCUUCCUGACUUACCUCUCACUCUCAGACCUUUGCUACACUUCUACUGUGACCCCAAAAUUAAUCAUUGACUUGCUGGCAGAAAAGAAGACCAUUCCCUACAAUGGCUGCAUGACACAGCUCUUUACCAUGCACUUCUUUGGGGGCAUAGAGGUCUUCAUCCUCACAGGGAUGGCCUAUGACCGCUACGUGGCCAUCUGCAAGCCCCUGCACUACACAGUCAUCAUGAGCAGGCAGAGGUGUGACGUCCUGAUCCCCACUUCCUGUGCUGGGGGAUUCCUCCAUUCCUUUGGUCAGUUUAUUCUCGCCAUCUUUUUACCCUACUGUGGCCCCAAUGAGAUAGACCACUACUUCUGCUAUUAUCCUUUGCUGAAACUAGCCUGCAUGGACACAAGGAGAAUCGGUCUCCUAGUCAUUGCCAGUUCGGAUGUGAUGGGUCUGGUGACUUUUGUGGUCUUGCUGGUAUCCCAUGCUGUGAUCCUGCAUACAGUCAGGUCCUACUCUGCAGAGAAUCGCCUCAAAGCUCUUUCUACGUGCAGUUCCCACAUCACUGUGCUGGUCCAUUUUUAUGCUCCUUUACUCUUUAUAUUAGAACAGCCAUUACUCUCCCAGAAGACAGUGUUUGCUCUUUUCUACACCAUCAUUGCUCCCAUGCUCAACCCUCUGAUUUACACACUCAGGAACAUGGAGAUGAAGAACGCCAUGAAGACACUGUGGUGCCGUGUACCAAAGUAA